CCCUUUAAUCCUGCAGAGGAACUCCAUGAGAUGGGACGGAAAGAUCUAUGAAGAAAUCCCAAUAGCUCACAUCAAAGCUACGUACAACAACACCCACAUCCAAGUGGUCAGCUUUGACAACAGGCCAUUUGCCCGUACAUCCUGUGGCACAGAAGGCUUCCAGAACGCCAAGAAGGGAACUGCCAUUGCAGCACAGACUGCAGCCAUGGCAGCAGCAGUGAAAGCGCGUGGGAAGGGUGUGUUGCACGUACGAGUCAUGGUGAAAGGACUGGGACCAGGACGCAAAGCUGCCAUCAAGGGUUUGACUAUGGGAGGUUUGGAGGUCAUCUCCAUCACCGACAACACCCCAGUUCCACACAAUGGCUGCCGCCCACGGAAAGCCAGGCGAAUGUGAGAGGGGAGUGGAGAGGCGCACAGCUUUCAACAUCAGUUCAUGCAACAGGGACUGGGUUGAAUGUUGGUCCUGGGACAGAUUCUGGAAAGGCACCCUCCCUGG